CAAAGAACCAUUUUCGUUUCGCGACUGCCUCAUUUUAUUUCAAGCAACAAACCCGAGAGUUUUAAUAAAAAUUUAUAAAACCUGUUCAGUUCCGUACAGACUCGCAGCGUGCUUGAUGUUUUCUGGCAAAAAAUAAUUAUUUCGCCGGAUUCGAUGUGAAUUUUAGUGGACGAUUCGAUGUAAAAGCGGCGCUUUAUUUCUGCGGGCAGUGCGUGAUGCAUCUUUGACAGGUCACCGUAAAAACGUGCUUUAAAUGUUGCAACAACAACAACAACAACAACAAGGACGGCAUUAAAUCUAGUGUGCUUUUCUAAAGACCGAGUUUCAUUUGUUUGUGGCAGUUUCUGGAUUUUUCGGAUCUUUCGGAUUUUCCGGCAACUUGUGAUCAAUGAUGGCGCCCCAAACUCAAAUCUGGGACGUAGAGGUCUACAACUUGACUGAGGAGAACAGAACAGUGCCGAAAUACAACAGAAAGGUGAAACUGAGAACGGACUACGAUCCUCAGGGCAUCAGUUGUAAGUUGUUUGAGGGCGAGGAUCUUCUGAUGGAACUGCCCGUCGAUUCGAGCACCGAAUGCUGCAAAGUUGGGUCGAAAUCUUACCUCUUCACAAUCGAUAACGAGACUAUUUUAAUGAAAUUCGGAACGAAAGACGACGCUAGAAACUUUACCGUGGCUGUUACGAAAGUUAAAUCGGGCCGAGACGCUUCUCUAUUUUCCGUACGCACCGAAGACUCAUCAGCUACUCAAUACUUUCAAUUCUACGGUUAUUUGUCCCAGCAACAGAACAUGUUGCAGGACUUUGUCCGGACUUACACUUAUCAGAGGGCAAUUCUGGGCAACUUAACCGAUUUCAAGGAUAAGACAGUGUUGGAUGUGGGAGCGGGAUCAGGAAUCUUGUCGUUUUUUGCGGCGCAGGCGGGCGCGAAACGCAUUUAUGCCGUCGAAGCUUCCACCAUGGCCCACUACGCUCAGAAACUGGUCGACGCCAACAAUUUGCACGACUCGAUAAAAGUGAUUGCCGGCAAAAUAGAAGAGAUCGACAUCCCCGAAAAAGUCGACGUGAUCAUCUCGGAGCCGAUGGGCUACAUGUUAUACAACGAGAGGAUGUUAGAAUCGUAUUUGAACGCAAAACGUUAUUUAAAAGUUGGCGGCAAAAUGUAUCCUUCCCGCGGCGACUUACAUAUAGCACCGUUCACCGAUGACGCUCUCUACAUGGAGCAAUACAGUAAAGCGAACUUUUGGUUCCAGACUUGUUUCCACGGUGUCAAUCUGGCCGCGUUACACAACUGCGCGGUUAAGGAGUACUUCCGACAGCCCAUCGUCGACACGUUCGACAUAAGAAUAUGCAUGUCCAAGUCUAUACGGCACGUGGUUGAUUUCCUGACGGCGGACGAGACCGACUUGCACACCAUCGACGUGCCGCUGGAGUUCCACAUUAUCGAAUCGGGUACAUGCCACGGUUUGGCCUUUUGGUUCGACGUCGCAUUCGCCGGCAGCAAUCAGACGAUCUGGCUGAGCACCGCGCCUACCGAACCUCUCACACAUUGGUACCAGGUCCGAUGUUUGCUCGAACACCCUCUCUUAGUUAAACAAGGGCAAGUGUUGACCGGACGUGUGUUGUUGGUUGCCAACAAACGGCAAAGCUACGACGUGACCAUCGAACUAAUGGUGAACGGUACCACGCACUGUUCCAAAAACACAAUAGACCUGAAGAAUCCGUACUUCCGGUACACCGGUGCACCGGUCCAACCACCGCCCGGCGUCAGCAACAUAUCACCAAGUGAAAACUACUGGGCCACGAUGGACACUCGCAACGUAACAAUGGCCGUGAACGGAAUCGCGGACGUCGCCAUGGACACAACCCAAACCCUCAUCAAUAACAACCUGAUGGCCGCCAACAACUUGAUCGCAUUGGUCGACACGAACCACAUGGCCGAUUCGAACCAGUCGCCUAACAUCCAUCCGGGUUGCAUACCGAGCACCGGAAGAGGCCGAGUGGCAGCCAGUCCGACGUCGACGCACACGGCCCAGCUAAUUGGUGGCGCUAUUUCGCCCUCCCUGUUCACGUCGCCACAGCAACAACAGUUCGGUUCGUUUUCAUUGAAACAUGUACGAGAAAAUACCUCUGGACCAAAACGGCAAAGACGUGCGUGUCAUAGACAUGAGGAGCGACACCAACAGCAAGCCCACUCAGGAGAUGAGGGAAGCAAUGUUUUCAGCGGUGGUUGGAGACGACGUUUUCGGUGAAGACCCUACGGUUGCUGAAUUGGAGAGACGCGCUGCAGAACUAUUGGGAAAGGAAGAUGCUGUUUUCGUUGCUAGUGGAACCAUGGCCAAUUUAAUCUCGAUAAUGGUACACUGCAAUCAAAGAGGCUGCGAAGUCUUAUGCGGAGAUAACAGUCACACGUUCCGCUUUGAACAA